CUACCUUUAGCCUCUAAAGACAUACGAAACUAGGGUUUCUCUGCCAACUCGUCGCGUACGUUAUCCCAUCGACUCGACUCGACUCGACGCGAUGGAACCCUAAUUCAGAGUCUUUACAUUGACGGGUGAAACAGAGUCUUUCGCGUUCGUUCUUCUCGGCGUUUUGAAGCUUCUGCUUCUCCAUUAGACAAUGUAUUCCUCCAGGGGGGGUAAUGCAUACGGGCAGCAGUCAUAUGCUGCACAACAGGGAUAUGGGCAAAAUUCGGGACCUCCCUAUUCUGGAAGUUCAGUCGUAGGCCCUGAUGGAGGGUCUCAACUUUCCAUUCCUUCUCGACAUUCGUCGAUGCUUGGUGUUUCUCAAGAAGCAGAAGUUGGUGGAUAUAGAGGGCAUCCUUCAGCUGCUACUCACUAUGGGGGACAAUAUGGGGCUGUUUAUGGCUCAUCUGCUUUGAGCAGUACUCAACAGAUCGCCGCAAUGAGUGGCAAAGCAGCUGGUUCAUCGGCCCUUCAUGGUCGUGGUGGUUAUGGUUCAGCUAUGGUAGAGUCCCCUGGUGACUAUGUGCCGUCAUCAAGCCAUGGGUAUGGUCACAAAGGUGAUCAAUUCUCCUCGGGGAUAAUUGCUGAUUAUUCUUCACUGGACAGACGACAGUAUGGUGACCGUCAAAAUGCUUAUAUUGGGAGGGAGUUGCAAAGUGAGUCAGGUAGACGGCUCACUGAUCCUGUUGGUCUUGGUCAGCCUGAGAUUUACGAUCCCAUUGAUCAGGCGUCAUUGCUCCGGCAACAACAAAUGCUGAAAGCUCAGUCUCUACAAUCUGCUCCUCUAGAUGCGGGUGCUAGACAAAGUGAUUAUCUUGCAGCAAGGGGUGCUUCUAUUCGUCAUGCAACCCAAGAUAUUAGCUCCUAUGGUGGAAGGAUGGAUUCUGAUCCUCGCAAUUUAUCAAUGCUUGGUACUUCUUAUGGUGGACAAAAUGCUUCAUCAAUCCUGGGGGCAGCUCCUCGGAGAAGUAUUGAUGAUCUCAUGUAUGCGCAAGGUUCAUCAACUGCAGGUUAUGGGGUUAGCCUGCCUCCUGGUCGGGACUAUGCCACUGGAAAAGGACUUAAAGGUGCUUCUCUUGAGUCUGAUUAUCCAAGUAGUAUGCUGUCACGCGGUGGGCAUUCAAGGGUUGAUGAAAGAAAGGAAGACAGGAUUGGACUUCGCCGGGAGGUUGAGAUAAGGGAGGAGGAGCGUCGUAGGGAGCACAUGCGAGAGAGAGAGAAAGAGCGAGAAAGGGAGAAGGAGCGAGAGCGGGAGCGCGAAAGAGAAAGAGAACGAGAACGAGAACGAGAACGAGAACGUGUAAGGGAACGCCUUCUUGAGCGCCGGGAGAAGGAGAGAGAAAGAGAACGCAAACGUGGGCUCGAACUUAGACGUGAACGGACUCCACCAAGGAUCAGUAGGGAGCGACACAGUUCUUUGUUGAGGGAUGAGAGACCUUUACGACGAGGUUCUCCCCGUCAUGAAGCUUUGCAUAGGCGUCGUACUCCCGUAAAAGAAAAAAGGAGAGAAUAUGUCUGCAAGGUUUACCCAUUCUGUUUAGUGGAUGUGGAAAGGGAUUAUUUGUCUGUAAAUAAGAGAUAUCCAAAAUUGUCAAUUUCUCCAGAAUUCUCCAAGGUUGUGGUUCACUGGCCAAAAGAGAGUCUGAAGCUUUCUCUACAUACACCUGUCAGCUUUGUGCAUGAUCUUGUUGAAGUAGAGAGCGCAGGCGAGCAGCAGGAGUCAUCAACUGAACCGUUAGCUGAAGAAUCAAGGAAGUUGAAGUGUGGGGAAAUAGUGUGGAAUGCCAAGGUAAUUUUGAUGAGUGGUAUCAGUAAAGAUACCUUGGAGGAGCUAUCUUCUGAUAAAGGUUCCGAUGACCGCAUACCGCAUUACAGUAAUAUCUUGAGGUUUUCCAUUCUCAGACAAGACCGUUCCUUUAUGGCUAUUGGGGGCCCUUGGGAUGUUGUGGAUGGUGAGGACCCAUUGGUUGAUGAGUCAUCAUUACUUCAAACGGCUAUUAGAUAUGCAAAAGGUUUGACCCAACUUGAUUUGCAUAGCUGCAAGCAUUGGAAUCGUUUCCUUGAGAUACACUAUGAUAGAGUUGGUAAGGAUGGGCUGUUCAGCCAUAAAGAGGUUACUGUACUGUUUGUUCCAGAUCUAUCAGACUGCCUACCUUCCUUGGAAGAAUGGAGAGACCAAUGGUUGGCACACAAGAAGGCCAUAGCUGAGAGAGAGAAUCAGCUUGCUUUGAAAAAGAAAUCUGCUGAGAAGAAAGGAGCAGUCAAAGGGGAUCAAAGUCACACUAAAUCAGAUAAAAGCACUGAUUCCAACAAAAAUGCCAAUGUUGAAGGUAGUUCAGAAAAGGAUGGAAAGGUGGAAAAGAAAGCACCACAUACCGCACCCUCUGAACAGGCAGUUGAUGGAAACAAAAUUGAGAAAGAUGAUGGUGAUAAAAUCAAAGAAAAUGCCACUGGGGGAGAGGUUGCAGGUGACAGAAAAACUGAGGGAAAAGAUGGAGAAGCUGUUAGGGAAGGCAAGCAUGUUGAGAAGGAAGUAGACGAACCUUCUGUUGCUCAGGCAAUUGAGGUUCAGAAACCUGGGAAGAAGAAAAUUAUGAAAAAGGUUGUCAAACCGAAGGUUGUCAAAGUUAAGGCUGCUGAUAAGAAAGUUGGCAUGGAGGAUACAGUCAGCAAACAAGGUGAGAAGUUGGAUGAGAAUGAUGUUGGAGACAAGCAAGUUAAACCUGAAAACAGUGUUCAACUGGAUGAAACUUCUGCUGAUCCCUCUGGUGUUAAAACUUUUACCAGAAAGAAAAUUGUUAAAAAAGUUCCUGUUGGUAAGACUUCUCAGAAGGGAAACAAAGGUGGAACUUCUGAUGACAUGGAAGCUGAGGUGAAAACUGAGAAAGAGGUGGACUGUGAAGAAGAUAUUGCAAAGGUUAAGGGAGAUCUAAAUGAUGCUUCUGCUGUUCAGGAAACUGGUGUGAAAACAGUCGUGAAAAAGAAGGUCAUCAAGAGGGUGCCUAAACGAAAGGCCACCAACACUGGAGACAAGAGUGGUAAUGAGGAAAGCAAUAAAGAUGGUGGUAAGGAUGAGAAUAAGAUUAUUAAUAAAGGAAGUGAAACAGAGAAUGUUGCUGAAUCAACUGCAAAUACAGAUAAGCAGGUGGAUGAGGUAAACAAAUCAGAGAAGAAAAAGAGUCCUGAGAGUAAAAAGGAAAACAGAGAAGUGGAUAAUAAAAAAAGGUCUGGUGCUAAAGUGGAGGCUGAGGUUUCGAAGGAAAAAGUUCCUAGUAAGGAUAGUCAUGAUGGAAAGAGGGAUCGGACAAAAGAUGAAAAGGAAAAAAGAAACAAAGAUGGGAAAGAUGAAUCUAGGGGCAAGACAAGUAAAGAAUUGAAAGAAAAGGGAAAGCCUGAGGAACCUCCCCAGCAUCCUGGCUUGUUUCUACAAACAAAAUGGAACAAAGAGGCUAAGCUUCGCUCAUUGUCGCUUUCAUUGGACUCACUCUUGGAUUACAAUGACAAUGAUAUCGAGGAAUCAACAUUUGAGCUUUCAUUAUUUGCGGAGUCACUUUAUGAAAUGCUUCAGUAUCAGAUGGGUUGCCGUCUUUUGGCUUUUCUUCAGAAACUGCGCCAAAGAUUUGUGAGCAAAAGAAAUCAACGUAAAAGACAACGUGAUGACAACCCUGAAAAAGAAAACGAUGAGGACAAAUCUUCUAGGAAGCGGUCUAAAACAACUGCCAAACCUCCUGUGGAGAAGGAAUUUACGAAAGCUGAAAAGCCAGAUGCCCCUAAUCCGGAUGGUGAGGAAACAAAGGCCAAGGAAGGGGAUGCUACUGUGGAUGGGACUGAGGAGUCCAAGGUGGAAUAUGAGGAGUCCAAGGUGGAAGAUGAGGACUCCAAAGUGGAAGAAGAGACAGAUGAUGAAGUAGAAGAAGAUCCAGAGGAGGAAGAUGUGGAUGAAGAUGAUGAGGAAAUGAAGGAUGCAAGUCCUCGGAAUGACUCACCUAAGGAGGCUGGUGAUGAACACAGGAUGACUGAUGCAGAGGCUGACCCCAAAGAGUUGCAUGAUGCAACGGUUGAGGUGGAGUGUGCGCAGGAGCAGAAGAAUGAGGUGAAAACUGUUGAUACAGAGGAUAAGUCUGACAAGGGAAAAAUGGAAAAAGAUGACGGUGCAGGGAUGGAGCCAGAUAAGAAAGCAAAUCCAGUUGUCGAUAAAGAAUUAUUGCAGGCUUUCAGAUUUUUUGAUCGAAAUCGAGUGGGCCACAUCAAGGUUGAGGAUUUGAGGUUGGUUCUUCACAAUUUGGGAAAUUUCCUUUCCCACAGAGAUGUAAAGGAACUUGUGCAGAGUGCACUCUUAGAGAGCAACACAGCAAGGGAUAAUCGCAUACUUUACAAUAAGUUGGUGAGGCUAUCUGACAUUUGAUAUAUAUGAUCCAACAGUGUUGGUAAUUUACAAUAAAUUUCUGAAGCCAUCUACGACUUGCGAUUAGUUGGAUUAUUGGGGCAACUUUUAUGGGAGUUUGCGGUGAAAAGGUUAAAGCUUCUCUUUAUUUUCAUUGACAACAACACUCCCUGCUCAACACUGGCAGGAAUUUCUUCAGUUAUACUGCAAGUAUAAGUUUUGUUUCCUCCCGUCUAAUUAUCAUUUGAUUUUUCUCAUCUUCCUUUUUGUACUCUUUACAUUUGCAAAGAAAUCGGUGUUAUUUAUCUUAGUUAGUAAUUGAAGUUUCAGACAUCGUAUUGCGAGUUGCCA